GGCCAGGGUGGUGGUCCCGUGCAGGAACUGGAUGCCGGGCCCGGGCAGCUCCGCCCCGUCCCCCCCCCCCCACAGGAGCGGAGGCGCCGUUAAAGCCUCAGGGGGAGCGGGGGGGAGCGAGGAGGAAAAAGAGGAGGAAAAAGAGGAAGAAAAAGGAGAAAAAGGGCAAAAAGAAGAAGAAGGAGAGAGCUCCGGCGCGCGGAGGACGCUGGCCAGCGCCAUCUUGGAUAAAGCGCCCCUCAAAAUGGCGGCGGCGCCGCCGGAAGUGAAGGGGCGGGGCUACCUCCGGGGGCAUGACGAAGCGCGGAACACGGCGGCGCGGUGACGUCAGAGGCGGC